AUGAAGGCCCUUAUUCUCGUCGGUGGCUUUGGCACCCGUCUGCGGCCUCUUACUCUCACCCUCCCUAAGCCAUUGGUUGAGUUUGGCAACAAGCCGAUGAUUGUGCACCAGAUCGAAGCUCUCGCCGCCGCAGGAGUGACCGAUGUCGUGCUCGCCGUCAACUACCGGCCGGAGGUCAUGGAGGACCGCUUAGCUCAGAUCGCCGAGGAAUAUGGCGUCAACAUCACCUUCUCUAUCGAGACAGAGCCUCUUGGCACGGCUGGUCCGUUGAAGCUUGCGGAGAAAGUGCUGCUCAAAGACGAUUCGCCUUUUUUCGUCCUCAACUCUGAUAUCAUCUGCGAUUUCCCCUUCAAGGAGCUUGCUGCCUUCCACAAGGCACACGGCGAUGAGGGUACCAUCGUGGUCACCAAGGUGGAGGAGCCGUCCAAGUACGGCGUCGUUGUUCACCGGCCGAACCACCCCUCGCGUAUUGACCGCUUCGUCGAGAAGCCUGUCGAGUUUGUCGGCAACCGCAUCAACGCCGGUCUCUACCUUCUCAACACGUCCGUGCUCAACCGCAUCGACCUGCGGCCGACGUCGAUCGAGCAGGAGACUUUCCCGUCCAUGGUCAGCGACGGCCAGCUGCACUCCUUUGACCUGGAGGGCUACUGGAUGGACGUCGGCCAGCCGAAGGACUUUUUGACCGGCACCUGCCUGUACCUGACCUCGCUGACCAAGAAGGGGUCCGAGCUGCUGACCCCGGUGUCUACCCCAUACGUACAUGGAGGAAACGUGCUCGUGGAUCCUACAGCCAAGAUCGGCAAGAACUGCCGGAUAGGCCCCAAUGUGACCAUUGGUCCCAACGUUGUGGUCGGCGACGGUGUCCGGUUGCAGCGCAGCGUGCUGCUGGCCGGCUCCAAGGUCAACGACCAUGCCUGGGUCAAGAGCACCAUUGUUGGAUGGAACAGCAAGGUCGGUCGCUGGGCCCGGCUGGAGAACGUGACCGUUCUUGGCGAUGACGUCACCAUCGGCGACGAGAUCUACGUCAAUGGCGGCAGCGUUCUGCCGCAUAAGAGCAUCAAAGCGAACGUCGAUACGCCUGCUAUUAUCAUGUAA